AUGAACAGCAGCAGUGCCAAUAUCACGUACGCUAGUCGGAAGAGGAGGAAACCGGUGCAGAAAACAGUAAAGCCAAUCCCGGCUGAAGGUAUCAAAUCGAAUCCUUCCAAGAGACACAGAGACAGACUUAAUACAGAGUUGGACCGUUUGGCUAGCCUGCUGCCUUUUCCACAAGAUGUUAUUAAUAAGCUGGAUAAACUCUCAGUUCUUAGGCUCAGUGUCAGUUACCUCAGAGCCAAGAGCUUUUUUGAUGUUGCAUUAAAAUCUCCCCAAGUUGACAGAAAUGGAGGCCAGAAUAACUGUAGAGCACAACUGAGAGACUUAAGUUUGCAAGAAGGAGAGUUCUUAUUGCAGGCUCUAAAUGGAUUUGUAUUGGUUGUUACUGUAGAUGCUUUGAUCUUCUAUGCUUCAUCUACUAUCCAAGAUUACCUGGGGUUUCAGCAGUCUGAUGUCAUACAUCAGAGUGUGUAUGAACUUAUUCAUACUGAAGACCGAGCUGAAUUUCAGCGUCAGCUGCACUGGGCAUUAAACCCUUCACAGUGUGCAGAGUCUGGACAAAGAAUUGAUGAAGCUAAUGUCCUUCCACAGCCAAUAGUCUAUUACAAUCCAGACCAGCUUCCUCCAGAAAACUCUUCCUUUAUGAAGAGAUGUUUCAUAUGCCGACUAAGAUGUCUACUGGAUAAUUCAUCUGGGUUUCUGGCGAUGAAUUUCCAGGGGAAGUUAAAGUAUCUUCAUGGACAGAACAAGAAAGGUAAAGAUGGAUCAACACUUCCACCUCAGUUGGCUUUGUUUGCAGUAGCUACUCCACUUCAAUCACCAUCCAUACUUGAAAUCCGAACCAAAAAUUUCAUCUUUAGAACUAAACACAAACUAGACUUUACACCUACUGGUUGUGAUGCCAAAGGAAAGCUUGUUUUAGGAUAUACUGAAGCAGAACUAUGCAUGAGAGGAUCUGGAUAUCAGUUUAUUCAUGCUGCUGAUAUGCUUUAUUGUGCUGAAUACCAUAUCCGGAUGAUUAAGACUGGAGAGAGUGGCAUAACGGUGUUUAGGCUUCUGACCAAAGACAAUCGAUGGACGUGGGUUCAGUCUAAUGCACGCUUAGUUUACAAAAAUGGAAGACCAGAUUACAUCAUCGCAACUCAAAGACCUCUAACAGAAGAAGAAGGAACAGAGCAUUUACGAAAACGCAAUAUGAAGUUGCCUUUUAUGUUUGCCACUGGAGAAGCUGUGUUGUAUGAGUUAAGUAACCCCUUUCCUCCCAUGAUGGAUCCCUUGCCAAUAAGGACCAAAAGUAGCACCAGUGCAAAAGACUGUGCUACUAAGUCGGCUCCUGGUAAGGAUUCUCUCAAUCCCAGUUCCAUCCUGGGUAUGUUGAUGCAGCAAGAUGAGUCUAUUUAUCUCUGUCCAGCUUCAAAUACUGUGUCCUUUGAAAAAAACUUUUUAAACAAGCCUAUGAAUGAAUGCAGUAAUUGGCAAGAUACUGUUGUACCAAUGGAAAAUGAUAGUAUCCUGAAACAUCAGCCUCAGGAGAUGAACCUGAAACUCUCUGGAGGUCAUGAAGGGCUCUUUCCAGAUAAUAAAAAUAAUGAGUUGUACAGCAUUAUGAAAAACCUAGGCAUUGAUUUUGAAGAUAUCAAACACAUGCAGCAGAAUGAGGAAUUUUUCAAAGCUGAUUUCUCCAGUGAGGAUGACUUCAGAAACAUUGAUUUAGCAGAUGAAAUCUUGACAUAUGUCCAAGAUUCUUUAAAUAAGUCUUCCUUCACAUGCUCAGAUUACCAGCAGCAACAAUCCGUGGUUCCGAGCUCAAGCUGUAUGGUACAGGAGCACCUACAAUUAGAACAACAGCAACAGCUGCAGCACCCCCAAAAGCAAGGAGUGGAGCAACAGCAGCAACUAUGUCAGAAGAUGAAACAUAUGCAAGUUAACAGCAUGUUUGCAAAUUGGAACUCUAACCAGUCCGUUCCUUUUAGUUGUCCUCAGCAAGACCCUCAACAGUAUAAUGUCUUUCCUGACUUACAUGGGGCCAAUCAAGAGCUCAAUCCUAUGCCUUAUACACAGAACUUUAUUCCUUGUAAUCAGUCUGUCUUUCCACAGCAUUCCAGGUGUGCUCAGUUGGACUUUCCUAUAGGGAAUUUUGAACCAUCCCUAUACUCUAGUACAUCUUCAAAUUUUGAAGAUUUUGUCCAUUGUUUACAAGUUCCUGAAAACCAAGAACAUGGGCUAAAUCCACAGUCAAAUGUAGUGACUCCUCAGACAUGCUAUGCUGGAGCCCUGUCAGUCUAUCAGUGUCAACCUGAAACUCAGCUCACCCGACUGGACCCGAGGCAGUACAACCCAACAGACCCCGGUCCUCAGACAUUUCUCAGUGAGUUCCAGAAUGGAGUUUUCAAGGAAACCUAUCCAUCUGAAUUAAAUACCAUAAAUAACACUCAGACUACCCCACAUCUUCAGCCUCUUCAUCAUCCAUCAGAAGCCAAGCCUUUCUCUGAUUUGCCAUCCAGUGGAUUUAUUUAA